UUUUUGACAGUUGUACAAAAAUUUGUCGGGCUGACGUGUAAUUUAUUUAAAAAUAAAACAUGUUACUUAAAAGUAUAUUUUCUGUGUUUGUUAUAUUUGUUGUAAUUGAUUUAUCUAAUGCCUUGUAUUUCCAUAUUGGAGAAACUGAGCGAAAAUGUUUUAUAGAAGAAAUUCCUGAUGAAACAAAUGUCAUAGUAAAUUAUAAGGUGGAAUUGUAUGACCCAAGAAGCGGAGGAUUUAUGCCCUCUUCUCCAGGCAUUGGAAUGCAUGUAGAGGUUAGGGAUCCAGAUGACAAAACAAUCUUGUCAAGAGUGUACAGUUCUGAAGGAAAAAUCUCUUUCACCUCUCAUACGCCAGGAGAGCACGUUAUUUGCAUGUAUUCCAACAGCAGUGCCUGGUUCAGUGGAUCUCAAUUGAGGGUACAUCUUGAUAUUCAAGUUGGUGAACAUGCCAUAAAUUAUGGAGAAGUUGUACAAAAGGAAAAGUUAUCUGAUUUGCAGUUGAGGAUUCGGCAACUUCUUGAUCAAGUUGAGCAGAUUACUAAAGAGCAAAAUUACCAAAGGUAUCGUGAAGAAAGAUUUAGGCAAACAAGCGAAAGCACAAACUCCAGAGUUUUAUGGUGGUCUGUCACUCAAACAGCUGUUCUUUUGCUUAUGGGAGCCUGGCAAAUGAAACAUUUGAAGAGUUUCUUUGAAGCUAAAAAAUUGGUGUAAAUAGAGUAGUUUUUCUUUUCUUUUGUUUUUAAUUUAUAAAUUUUCUUACAAUUCCCAAAUAAAAGAAUUUGUAU